AUGCGACGACACGCCAUCGAGCAGGUCGUCCUCUCCUCCUCUAAUCGUCUGUCGAAGCGAAGACCGUCAGCGAAGAGAUUCAAAACUGAUCUCAUCCCGAUGUUUGUCGGCGCUUUAAUAGCGUGUUUUUUCCUCUCGAUCGUCUGGACCGUUCGAAUACAAAAAGUUGAAGAGAAAAAACACGGAGGAAAGGACGUGUUGGACGGAUUAGUCCCGAACACGAACACGAAAUUCUUGAAGAGUACUCCUCCGGAAGAGUUUUCCGCGAUUCCUAAAGACGAUUACGCCAACGAUGACGAUAUUGAUGAUGAUAACGAGGAUGACGAUAAUGAGAGAGGAAGAGAUGAUGAAGAGCAACAACGACAGGAGGAAGAAGAGGAGAAAAAACGAAGACAAGCUACAGACGAGUACCAGAAAAAUAUCGAGAACAGAGCGAAAGCGACGUCGAGAAUGAACGAACACACUCGAGAAGAAGUCAUCGAGGAGCUUUUCGAGAAGGCUCAGCGCGAAGAUGAGAAAAAGCACGACGCGCAGGUGUUUGAAAGUUUAUCGCUCGAUGGAGAAGAAAAAGAAGAAGUGAAAAAGGCGGUUCUGAAGAAAGAGGAAGAGGUUGUUCAGCUAUCGAUGAAACCGUCGCUCGUACCAGUUGUUAAGAAAGAGAAGAAAGCAGAGAAGAGGAAAGAAACUGAAGUGGAAGAAAUUGAAGAGGAAAUCACGGACGAGACGAAGGCUUCGGUUGCGCAAAAGGCGAGAAAACACAAAUCGCUCCACGCGACAACUUUGAAACAUCUCGCCGCUUUGGCGAGGACUCCGACGGUGCUCUCUUUGGAGAGAAAAGUGACUGCGCAUGGUAAGAUUACGUGUGGUGGUACGGAAGCCGUCGUAUUCAAGACGUGGCAUAACUUUUUCACCGCAAACGAGAACAUCACGCGAACUUUACCUCCGGUGGAACCGAGAAUAACCGAAGUGGUCAAUCACGCGCAACGGUAUUGUAGACAUCGAGGCGAGUGCGACUUCACGAAAAUCUAUGCGAACGUGAAAUUGAAAAACGACGAAAAUAUGAAUAAGAAACAACCCUAUAAAAACGAUGAGGUAUUGCCCACGUGUGCAGUCGUCGGGAACGCUGGUUCGCUCAGGAACGCAAAGUUUGGCGAAGAAAUUGACGCGCACGAUAUUGUUUUGCGUUUCAACAAUGGUCGCGCGAAACAUUUCGAGAAGCAAGUGGGUACAAAAGGGCAUCUUCGAAUGUAUAACGGACCGUACGUCGAGGGCAAAAUGGGUGGUGAAGUGACCAUAGCACAGCUUAGAGAUUCGAGCGUGAAUCAUUGGAUUCGACAAUAUGAAAAGCAUCGUGAGACGUUCCCAGAAUCGUUCAUCAUGGACCCAGAAAUUAUUUGUCGAGCUUGGGAUUUAGUGAACAGAGAAGGGGAGAAACCUUCCUCUGGUAUGGUUGGCAUCACGUUUGCCAUGCGCUUAUGCAGUUCAGUAGAUAUUUACGGGUUCAGCGCUGAGUCAUACUUCAACGAAACAGAACGUCCGCACUAUUACGACUGGGAACGACCGAAGCUGGGAAGAGAAAACGUGCACCCGUUUGAAGCCGAGCGUAAGAUUUAUAAAGCUUUGCAGAAAGAAGGUUUGAUUACGCUUCACGAAGUAGAGGUAGGAGAUGAGAAUAGUAAUAAUCCUAGCAACGAUAGUAGUACUAGCAGCAGCAGUAGCAGCAAUAGCAACAAUCACGAUGAAAAUUGA